UACAGGGUUCUGAGUUGGAUGAUCAGCCAUGAUCAUACUGAAUAGCGGUGCAGGCUUGAAGGGCCAAAUGGCCUACUCCUACACCUAUUUUCUAUGCUUCUAUAUUUCAGUUACUUCUUAGAAGUUAGGCCGUUCACCGCGUUCACGGACCACAAACCAUUGACCUUCGAGAUUAUGAAAGUGUCCGAUCCCUGGUUGGCUCGCCAGCAGCGACAUCUGUCCUACAUCUCCGAGUACACGACGGACAUCCAGCCUAUCUCGGGAAAGUACAACGUUGUGGCAGAUGCACUCUCCAGACCUGCUGUCCAGGCCCUGUCCCUGGGGGUGGACUAUGCAGCACUGGCGGAGGCACAGCAGGCAGAUGACGAGAUGCCCAUCUACAGGACUGCAGUCUCGGGUUUGCAGCUGCAGGACUUUCUCAUAGGCCUAGGUGAGAGGACCCUCCUGUGCAAUGUGGCUACCAGCCAACCUUGCCCCAUCGUCCCGGCAGCCUGGAGGCGGCGAGUUUUCCACUCCAUACUCAGUUUGGCGCACCCAUUUAUCAGGACAACCAUCCAGCUGAUCUCCAGCAAGUUCGCUUGGCACGGACCUCGCAAGCAGGUCAGUGAAUGGGCCAGCACGUGUGUGCAGAGCCAAACAGCCAAGGUGCAGCGGCACACUAAAGCCCCGCUGCAGCAGUUCAAACCCACCCACCGGAGGUUCAGCCACAUUCAUGUGGAUAUCGUGGGCCCCCUACCAGUGUCCCGAGGAGCGCGGUACCUCCUAACUAUGGUAGACCGGUUCACGAGGUGGCCAGAGGCAGUCCCGCUCACUGACACAUCUGCCGAUUCCUGCGCCUGAGCACUGAUCGCAACCUGGGUAGCACAUUUCAGGGUACCAACCCACAUUACCUCCGACAGAGGCACCCAGUUCACCUCCAGCCUGUGGUUGGCUGUGGCCAGCCUGUUGGGAACGCAGCUACACCACACUACUGCCUACCAUCCACAGUCGAACGGACUAGUAGAGCGUUUCCACCGUCACUUGAAGUCGGCUCUCAUGGCCCGCCUGAGAGGACCUAUCUGGGUGUAUGAGCUUCCCUGGGUCCUGCUUGGAAUUUGCACAGCGCCCAAAGAGGAUCUGCACACCUCGUCGGCCGAGUUGGUGUACGGCGUGCCCCUGGCCAGCCCAGGUGAGUUCAUACCAGCCCCAAGGGGGCAAGAGGAAGAACCGCAGCAGUCCUGGACAGGCUACGCGAGAGGCUCGGUAACCUGGCCCCCCGUACCAACUUCACAGCACAGACGGACUCCGACCCAUGUACCCAAAGACUUGCAGGACUGUAAGUUUGUGUUUAUAUGAAGGGGCGGACACCAGGCACCGCUACAGCGGCCGUACAAGGUGCCGUUCAAGGUGAUCAACAACAACGGGUCCACGUACGUUCUGGACAUUGGGGGGAAAGAGGAGGUUUUCACGGUGGACCGACCCAAACCAGCCCAUGUGGACUUGGCGCAGCCAGUCGAGGUUCAGGUACCGCGGCGCAGAGGCAGACCUCCCAAACAGAGGCUGAUCCAGACCGUGGACAUUGGGGGAUGUAUCGCUGGUUCUGGGGGGGGUGGGGUAAUGUGGCGACCCACUUUCUGCGCAGGCGAACCGGCUCAGAAAUAGCCAGCGCGCGGGGGGGAGACUUUGGUAAUGCACCUCUGACAUCAUUUCCACCUGGAGAGGGCGGACGCUAGGGAUUAAAUGCCAGCGCCACAAAGUUUGAAUAAACUAGUCUCGAAAUGACUUACCGACUGCGUGUCAUCUCUAGCUCUGUAUAUAGUACAUCGCUACAGAGCAAUUGAAAUUCGAUUGACAUGUCCUUUAGGGUUUAAACUCUUCCAUGAAAAGGCAAAUAAAGGGAAAUUAAGUAAAUUUUUGAUUAAUGAGGAAGUAAAAUAAGGUGGAUUUAAAGCAGAAAUCUUAAGACUGGUGUAAAUAGGAUUCGGUAAUCCAGGCCAGUCAAAAGGAUUUCAUGUUUCACCUUUCUUAAAUUAUUUUGUACGUCACACCUUUUUCAGGUAUUCACUGGGGUUCCACACAAACUCAAUUCUUUUAGCAGUGUUACGUACCCCGUAACUGGGUCACUUACCAGCAAAGAUAGAGAGGUCCGUUGAAGUCUGAUGGUACUAUUUUUAACAGUAUUUAUUGAUAAAAAUACACAAAAAUAACAUCAAUGCAAAUAUACAGAUAACAUACGUCGUCAAUACUAAAUCUAAAAGCGCAGGUAUAAUAAUAAUCAAUAAGAAAUAGCUCUAUCGUUGUCUAGGGGGAUAAUGUAUUGUCCGAUGGAAAUAUAAAAGUCACAAGUUCAUUCAAGCUGCAGCUUUUGGUUGGAGAGAGAGAGAGACGAUUUUUUUAGAACUUGCCCGUUUUCCUUUUUAUGAUGUCGAUCCUUUGAAAUGUCGUUGGGGCUGGUUUCCCCUUUUAGCUAAAGCCGUUCUUCCGUGGUGAGGCCCACCAAUUCCGAGGCAAAUGGAAAAGGAUGCACGUGGGCCCCCCACCGGCUGUCGCUAUUAUGCUGUCACGGUAUUUCUAGCGUUUCUCCUGGUACGUCUAAAGGGGUUGUUCCCCAGACCUUCUUUUAUCCUUACUCACGGAGUCUCAGAUGUCAGUCAGGUUGGAAUGAUGCCAUCCCCCAACCAGCCCACGUUGCUCAUUCCUUGAGGGCUUCGAUGAAUAGCACAGUGCUCAAUACACAAUUCUGUCUCCAAGAGACAAUGGCCAUUUCCCGUGGCGUUGUAUCGUUGAGGGGCCAGGACAUUCCAAACCCCUUGUGGAUUCUGCCUGUCUUUCUCUCAUUUCCUGGGUCUCUUGACCUGAAUUAAUAGCGAUUUUGCGAUUCUCAAAAAGGAGGGGGCUGCUUUGUACCCUUCGGCCCCUCAGAGUUGGGGCACAGGCGUAACAGCUGUCAAAAGAUCAUCAAAAGCUGGAGGAGCUCAGCAAGUCAAGCAGCAUCUGUAGAGGGAAAGGAAUCGUUGAAACUUUGGAACGAACCCCUGCAUCAGGUCUUAAGGGUAGGGAGGAUGUUAUUGGUAUUUGUACUGAUUUAUUAUUGAUAUGUGUAUCAAAGUAAAACUGUACAGUGAAAAUCUCUUGUUCUGCUUGCCACACAGACAGAAUAUGUAGACGAUGUUCCAUGUAGAUCUGCUCGAUGGUGUGAAGGGUUUUACCCAGAAUGGACUGAGCCAUAUCCACUACUGCAGGAAAGGAAGAUGUGGUGAUAUGACGUGUAAGAACGUGAUUGGAGAGAGUUCUGAGCAUGCACAGGAAUGAUAGAAAGAUCGAGAACAUGGCAUUGUAAAACGUGGUGGUUGUUUUUGUUACAUAAUAGUCCUAUUUCUUACAGAAUAUGGUUCUUUAUUAGUAACCCAUGGUACACAUGAAUAUAAAGAACACAACAAAGCUCUGUUUUCAGUUGAUGACAUAAUGAAAAAGGCACUUUUCUGCAUGGAUGUAAAACGGGUGGCACUGGUUGUCAAUUUUAAUUGUGCGCUCUCCUGGAAGACAACCAAACCCUUUCAACAAGUUCUCAUACUCUUUCAUCAAGUCACUGUAUUCUGACUCUGUGUCACUGUCCAGGACAAAGUCCUUUUCACCAAAUUCAGUCUUUCACAUGCAGAUAAACCCAGUCUGGACUGUACAUUCCUUGGCACCACCACAAAUGAAAGUGUGUGUGAUAUUUUUGUGUGAUACCUUUGCCACACAUGUUCCUUUAACUGGAAUGUCUGCACCUGAAUACCCAGUCACUUUUAUAUUUGUCUUAUGUAACUUUGGUCUGGGCUUUAAUGCAUUAAAUUCAGAUUCUGCAAGAACAUUUACUUGU